ACGCUAGCGAGGCCCGGUUGGUGCCUGCGCGUUUGCCGCCGGUCGGACUUUACUUUACACCAUCAUAACUAAACUCAAGAAAACACCAUGAGGGUCCCUACGACUCUCCUACUCAUCUUCGUCAGCCUCCUUGCCAAGGCUUCUGCAGCUGAGGACCUGUACUUGGAGGGUGAGGAUGAAGCGAACGAGUUCCUUGAAGUGGACCGAGACACAGGGAUUACUGGCCACUUGCGAAGACUCAAACGAGACUGGAAUUGGAACUGGUUCCAACCAUCAUCGCCAGAGCCUGACGAAACUGCCACAGAAGACGACGAACUGACCGGAGACGAUGACAAUCUCGACAACGACCUCAACGGCGGAUCGGGCGCCGUAGAGCCAGAGUUGGAGCCCGAAAAAGAAAAGACACUUCGGGUGACUUUCGUAGUGAUGGAACCAUAUCGCGUGAAGUACUCCAACAGAGAUUCACCUCAGUUCCAGAACUUCUCUAAGUCGCUCGCUGAAGCUGUCAACACAGUGUUCCGAGACCUUCCGGGAACCCAUCGGGCAAGCCUAGUAAGGAUACAAUCGCGACCUGCAGAUGAAUUCUCCUGUAAAGUGACGUUGGACAUAGUCGUUACUGGAGAUGAUACAAAUAGAGUCUCUGAGACGUUACGCGACUAUAUUAGAAACAAGAGGAUGCUUGGCAACGUAGCCGUCAAUGACGAGGACUAUAGUGCCACGGUCAUUGAUUCAGGAUAUGUGGACAAUGAAGCAAUAGACCAAACUGAAGAUCAGUACAAUGAACCGGAGAGAGGUGAUGCGAAUCCCGAAACAACUGCAUUACCUGACAUAGUAGACCCUAAUGAAGACAACAUUUUUGGAGAAAGACCCAUAGGGGUUGACGUAAGUGAAACAACUGAGGAAAUUAGACCCGAUGAAGGUGGAAAUGACUAUGGAAGACCCACAGAAGAAACAUUUUUCUUUGGUCCUGAUGACAGUACAAAUGAUUAUGGACGACCCACCGAAGGCAGACCCGAUCAAGGUAGGCCUGACUAUGGAAGACCAACUGAAGGCAGACCUGAUGAAGGUAGACGUGACUACGGAAGACCUACCGAAGCCAGACCUGAUGAAGGCAGACCUGACUAUGGAAGACCAACCGAAGGCAGACCCGAUGAAGGUAGACGUGACUACGGAAGACCAACUGAAGGCAGACCCGAUGAAGGUAGACGUGACUACGGAAGACCAACUGAAGGCAGACCCGAUGAAGGUAGACGUGACUACGGAAGACCAACUGAAGGCAGACCCGAUGAAGGUAGACGGGAUUACGGAAGACCUAACGAAGGCAGACCCAAUGAAGGUAGACCUGACUACGGAAGACCUACCGAAGGCAGACCCGACGAAGGUAGUCCUUACUAUGGAAGACCUUCCGAAGGCAGACCCGAUGAAGGUAGACCUGACUAUGGAAGACCUACCGAAGGCAGACCCGAUGAAGGUAGACCUGACUAUGGAAGACCUACCGAAGGCAGACCCGAUGAAGGUAGACGGGACUACGGAAGACCUAACGAAGGUGGACGCGAUGAAGGUAGACGUGACUAUGGAAGACCAACCGAGGGUAGACCUGAUGAAAGUAGACCUUACUAUGAAAGACCCGAGCAGGGAAGACCCAAUGAGGGAAGACCCAAUGAGGGAAAUGUCUAUGGGAGUCCUGAUUAUGGCCGGCCUACCGAGAGAAGGCCUGACGAAAGAGGAAACGACUAUGGAAGACCCAGCGAAGAAAGGCCAGAGAAUAGAGGUCCGGGAGAGUACGUACCUUAUACCGAAACACCAGAAGGAUGGAGAAAUAACACUUGUCCAGACGAUGCUAUGAGUUGCGAUGAAACGCGUUGCGUGCCGUUGAGUCAGCGAUGCGACGACCAACGAGACUGUGAUGAUGGAGCCGACGAAAUGGGCUGUCCUGACAAAUCAUGCGGCGUUGACGACUUCCGCUGCAACAAUGGCAAAUGCAUCGAAAAUGCCCGUCGCUGUAAUAGGCAAGUUGAUUGUCCUGGUGGAGAAGAUGAAAUGGAUUGCGAAUGUAGAUCUGAUGAAUUCCGGUGCCUAGACGACGGAUCCUGCAUCGAGAACAGAAAACGGUGCAAUGGUUACAACGAAUGCAGAGACGGCUCCGAUGAACUUAACUGUGCCAGUGGAUACUUUAAAUGCAGAACCGGCAAGUUAAUACCAGAAUAUCAAAGAUGUAACCGUCGUUACGAUUGUGACCCUGGAGAUUAUUCCGAUGAGCAAAAUUGUCCAUGUGGUGACGGCGACUUCAAAUGUGGCAAUGGUUACUGCAUUCCUGCAAACAAAAAAUGUGAUAGAACGCAUGACUGCCAAGAUGGUUCUGAUGAACGAGAUUGCACUUAUGGCUCAAUUUGCAUGGCUUAUCAAUAUAAGUGCUCGAGUGGACAGUGCGUUGCGGCGGACUCGCGUUGCAACGGGACAGAGGAGUGCCUAGAUGGCUCGGACGAAACCAACUGUCCAUGUAAAAGAGGCCAGUUUCAUUGUCACGAUGGAUCUUGUAUUAAUUUCUCCAAACGGUGUAACGGUCAGACCGAUUGCCUACCACUCGGGGAAGACGAGCUCAACUGUGGUGCAGCAUGCGGGCCAGAUAGUUUCACUUGCGAUCCUGGAUCCAGAGUGCCUUGCGCUACCAGAUGCGAUGGCAACCCAGAAUGCGACGCUGGCGAGGAUGAGGACGGUUGCCUUGAUGAAUGCAACCAUGAGUGCGACGGCAAAUGCCUGCUAGAUAUCCAGAUUUGUGAUGGAAACAUGGACUGCUCGGAUGGCUCUGAUGAGAUCCAAUGCAACGAUUGUGAUGGGCCUAACGACUUCAGGUGUGCAAACGGUGUAUGCAUAAAUGCUGCUCAGCACUGCAAUGAUGAACCAGAGUGUGAUGAUGGUAGCGACGAACUCAACUGCAAUGCAACAAUGAUUUCAGGGCCGUAUGGCUGUCUUGACUAUCAAUUCCAAUGUCGGGAUGGAACUUGUCUUAAUAACCAAUUCUUCUGCGACGGCCAUGCUGACUGCAAUGACAAUUCUGACGAAGAAAACUGUCCAUGUAACGAUGGUGAAUGGCAGUGUGUGUCCGGCCAAUGCAUCCCGGUCAAUGGCUAUUGUGAUGGCGUCGUGGACUGUACCGACUCGUCCGAUGAACGGGACUGCCCGACUACCUACCGACCCUUCACUACCGCCUAUCCAUCCUACCCAUACCCGCCUACCACAGCCCAGCCACCGAUAAUCACAACUAUUUCAAACACUUACGACGGAGGAUGUGGACAAAAUGAAUGGCGAUGUGAAAAUGGACCUUGUAUUGCUGUCAGUCGACGUUGUGAUGGAAAUAUCGACUGCCCUCUCGAUGGAAGCGACGAGUUCGAUUGCCCCGCUGGCAGUCCAUUUGCUUUGAAUCUUAAGACCUAUCCCGCGGAGCAAACAGUUAGAUACGUCAACACUGGCGGCGAUGUGGUAUUUUCGUGUCGAGACGAAGGACCUAUACGUGCGCCCGUACGAUGGAUUCGUGAGGGUGGCAAACCCCUCAAACCGGGCUCCAUUGACAGAAAAGGACGCCUUGAAAUUAGUGGAGUAACGCCAGCAGAUAGCGGCGUCUACAUCUGCCAAGCACCACGCUAUUUAGGCCAACCCAGGUCUCAGAUACAAGUAGUAUUGACUGUGGAAAGAACUCCAAUAACCUCGAGACCACCAUUCAUCGCGUGCCCACCGAACCAGGCGACUUGCGCUAAUGGACAAUGUAUCGCAAGAACAGCCAUAUGCGAUGGAAAUCAAGAUUGUUCUGAUGGCUCCGAUGAGGAAUCCUGUCACCGCAACGGGAUGUGUGAACCAAAUGAAUACCAAUGCGCGAAUCGUAAGUGCGUCCUAAAGACCUGGCUUUGCGACGCUGAAGACGAUUGUGGUGACGAAUCAGAUGAACAAAACUGUGGCUACGCGAUUCCUGGCCAACAAUGUCGACCAGUAGACUUCGCCUGCGCCACUAAUGACCAGUGUAUACCCAAGACCUUCCACUGCGAUGGACAGAGCGACUGCUUCGACAAAUCUGAUGAAAUAGGAUGUGCACCGGUUUAUGUAACAAGACCGCCAUCCCCUUCAAACCUGAAAUUGAACCCUGGUGACACUCUAACACUGAGGUGUGAGGCUGUGGGAGUCCCAACGCCUCUCAUAUCCUGGCGGCUGAACUGGGGUAACGUGCCUGAAAAAUGUACUUCCACAAGUGUCAACGGCACUGGAGUAUUGACUUGCCCCAACAUGCAAUCGGACGACAGCGGUGCGUAUUCCUGUGAAGCAAUGAACAACAAAGGCACAAUAUUUGCUGCGCCAGACGCAAUCGUUUACGUCAACAGAACCGCAGAUGUGUGCCCGUCUGGAUAUUUCAACAGUGAGGCGCGAUCAGAAAGCGAAUGUAUCCGUUGCUUCUGUUUCGGAAAGUCUACGCAAUGUCAGAGUGCAGAUCUCUUCAUUUUCAAUAUGCCCACUCCUCUCGGAGAAGGAGGCACGAGACUAAUAGGAGUCAGUGUCGGCUACAAUGGUGCCAUCCAAAAAGACGAAGAUAUCAACAAUCAGUAUUAUUACCAGCCACUAAGGAAUGGAGCUACGGUAACAAAACUUGAUCAGUACGGUUCACCUUGGACCAGAAACACCCAGGCUCACCCGUAUCUUACCCUCCCGGAGUCCUACAACGGCAACCAACUGACAUCAUAUGGCGGAAGCAUCAAAUACCGCUUGUCACCACACACCUUCCAACCAUAUGCCGAAAGAGAAAGUGUUCCCGAUAUAAUUAUAAUGGGUAAAUACCAAGACUUAGUCCACUACAGUCGAGUAGAUCGAAGCAGGGAAUUAUAUAUCGAUGCUCAGCUUAAACCUGAAUACUGGCAGAAACCGUCCUCAAGUGGACUAGUACCGGCUUCAAGAGAAGAUAUUAUGAUGACUUUAGAUGACGUUGAAAUGAUCCUUCUGCGAGCUGACUUAAAUAAUGCCGGCGCUAAUAUCACUGAAUUCACUAUGGAAUCCGCCCAACUGCUGAAUGUAGGACUUGGAGCUGCUAGUCUCGUGGAAGAAUGUGAAUGUCCUAAAGGAUACAAGGGACGAUCAUGCGAGAAAUGUGCGGAUGGUUACGAGCUUCAAAACUCUGGUCCGUGGAACGGUGUAUGUGUAGCAAAGCGUCCGUGUCCACCAAUGACGUACGGCGAUCCAAACAGCGGUGGAGACUGCCGCCCAUGCCCUUGCCCACUUACCAACCGUGGAAACCAGUUUGCUAGUGGUUGCUCCAUUGGUCCCGGUGGAAAUGUCGUGUGCGAUUGUCUACCUGGAUACGAAGGACCAGAUUGCAGUUACUGCGCACCCAACUAUAUAGGUAACCCAAUGGUUCCCGGUGAUUCUUGCAGACCAAAACCACAAGAUAACUGUGAUCCGAUAGGAACUGCCCAAGUCCGACUUCCAGACGAGUGUCUCUGUAAAGAAAAUGUUCAAGGACGUUACUGUGACCAGUGCAAGCAGGGAUCUUUCUUCUUAUCCAACGACUUCAAAAACGGAUGUGCUCUGUGCUUCUGUUCGGGAAUACCUCCACAGAAUUGUGUAAGCAGCACGUUGCGUCGGAGAACUACUACCGUCCGCUUCAACGUACCUACAGUAGUUGACCAGCUGAAGGUUUACAACAGUGCGCCAAUUGGUCCCGCUGGAGCCGUACGGUACAUCACUCCUGUAGAUACCGGUCUGCAUCCCGCACUUGUUAGAGGAGAAGUGAACAUAAACACUAUAACACGCUCGGAACCGUCCAUCUUCUACUGGGGUCUACAGGAUAGUUUUGCUGGCGAUAAAGUGACAUCGUAUGGUGGAUUCCUAACGUACCAAUUACGUAAUGUCCAACCCAAUCCAAGUUAUAGAAACACUGCCGCUGAUGUUCAACUUGUUAGUGAUAACAGCCUGACAUUCCUCUACUUUGGAAAAGCUAUGCCAACUAGCGAUGGCUAUUUGAACGCGAGCGUACAGUUCAUUGAAAGUUCUGAAUGGCAAAGAUCCGAUGGAAAACCAGUUACUCGUGAACAUUUCCUUCUUGCCUUGGCGGAUGUGAAGACAAUUUUGAUAAAGGCGACCUACUCCAGCAACACUGACAUUGCCUCAAUAGAUAGUGCUAGUAUCCAAACCGCAGAUGAGUAUGGUGAUGGCCCUAUGGCCCAACAUGUGGAACAAUGCAUGUGUCCCGCAGGAUACAUUGGAACCUCUUGCGAAGACUGUGCUCCUGGUUACACUAGGAGUUUGAGCGGGCUGUACUUACGUAACUGCGUGCCUUGCGAUUGUAAUGGCCAUUCUAAUAAAUGCCACCCGGAAUCAGGAGAAUGCUUUGAGUGUAACGACAACACCGAAGGGCCAAACUGUGAAUACUGCCGCGCCGGCUAUGAGCUAGACCAAGCAAACAACUGCGUUCCUAGCAGACAAACAUCCCGGCCACCAAUAAGUUGCAACUGUGACCCACGUGGUGAGCAAAUGCCUUGUGAUGAUUCGGGAUACUGUAUAUGCAAACAAAAUGUCGAGGGUGAAACUUGCGACCGCUGCAGACCUGGUACCUUUGGACUCGACGCAAGCAACCCUCUGGGCUGUACUGCUUGUUACUGCUCUGGAGUUACAACAGACUGCCACGAAGCUAGUCACUACGCUCGAAUAACAUUACCCGCACCAAUGUUCGGAGAGAAUUACGGCGGAUAUACACUAAUGGAUAUAAAUGCUGAUCGAGUUAUCAAUGACCAGUUCGUACCUGUGGUCAAUGAAAGUGAACUGAUGUAUGUCUUCUCUGACCAACCUAUUGAAGAAUUAUAUUGGUCGUUACCAGUCUUCCCAGGUAACCGAGUUCUAUCUUAUGGUGGAACCCUAUCUUUGACCCAAGAGUUCCAAUCUGUUGGUAGUUACCCAGAUGUGUCUAUACCUGGAACAGACGUUGUCUUAGUUGGAGAGAGUCAGUCCAUUUUCUGGUCCAACCCUACACCAAUUAGAUCUGGUGAAGCAUUGAGUUACCAAGUUCCCUUACGAGAAAAUAGAUGGCAUAAUCUAAAUUCCUUGGAUGAAACGACCCGAGAAGUUUUCAUGUCAGUACUUAAGAACUUGAAGAGGGUACUGGUUCGGGCUACUCUGGUGCAACAGAACAUCUUGACAACUUCAAUCGCUGACGUCUCUAUGGAAACUGCUGUUGUAAGCUACGAUGCCUCUUCUCGUGCAGCCAAAGGUAUCGAGGAGUGCAUGUGCCCGGAGGGCUAUACUGGAACCAGUUGUGAGAGCUGCGCACUUGGAUAUUACAAGGACAGGGGCGGUUAUUGUCGCCAAUGUAAUUGCAACGGACAUGACUGCCAGUUAGGUACUUACGACGAAGUCAUCUGUAACUGCCGACCACCUUAUACUGGAUCCGAUUGUUCCACUGUUGGCUUAAUCAUGGAACUACGUCCCCAUAUACACGAGGAAUACUCAAACUCCUCGGUGGUUGGAGUCACUUUCACGUGCAAGUACCGAGCACCUGAACCGCUCACCAUUAAAUUUUACUUCGCCGGACGGGAAAUGGUGCGGGCCAAGCAAUACACGGAGUCCAAACUUUAUAAAGACGGUUGGCGGGGUGAACACACGUGGCGAACCUUUUGGGAUACUGAACAUCAAGGAGAUAUUUACGAAUGUCGAACGAUCACUAAAAAUGGAUUCAUACUAGGGGUAUUGUCUACUACUUUACCAGAAAAAGGUAGUGGUGAUACUCAAGUUGAAAUCACUACAAGAGGUCCACUUUCACAAAGUACUGUUUUCGUAAUGAUUAGGCAACCAAAGAUUCAAAUUCAGGAAGUUGGAGGCUCCGUCAAUUUCACCUGCCAAGCCCGUAGUCGAAUGGUCCGCGUACCUUUACAAAUUAACUGGUACAAGGCUGAUGGGUAUUUACCACAGGGCAGAUCGCAAGUUGAUCCAAACACCGGAUUACUUCUUAUCACCAACCUGCAAGUAUCAGAUAGUGGAAAAUACAUCUGCCAAACUACUGACGGAAUUUCUACAGAACAAGAUAUUGCCACCCUUAAAGUGCCAGGAAACGAUAUGACCGCACCAACUGUGUCAAUAAGUCCAUCAAUGAAGGAAUACCCGGAGGGAAGUAGGAUCGAAUUGACAUGCACGACCACCGGUAACCCUGCGCCAAGGAUAACUUGGCAGAGAGCCUCGAACCGAGCUUUACCACGCAAUAGUGAAACCUACGAUGCCUUGCUUAUCAUUGAAAACGCUAGCGUUGAGGACUCCGGAGAUUAUAGGUGCAUAGCAACGAAUCCCGCUGGAUCCACCGACCGCACCGCCGUUAUAACUGUUCGCCCAAGAGAGCCAACGCAGAGGGGAAAUCUGUCGGUUUCGAGCCAGUCUCCAACGCUCAGUGAAGGACAAAGCACACGGGUUGUUUGCACUGGCACCACAAACGUGCCGGCCGGCACGCUCGAUUGGAUCAGACAAGACGGCACGCAGUUCUCACCUAACGUCAGAGCCGAUAACGGCGUACUUUACAUCGACGUCGCGCGUCUUGAGAACCAAGGCGUCUACAUCUGUCAGACCGCUGCCCCUGACGUGAAGCCAGUCCUCGUCGUGCUGACGGUCAUACCCACUGGCACAGUAUCGCCGAACGACAUCACAAACAUAUCGCUAUCUGUUAACCAACUGACGAUACCCACUGGCGGUAGAGGAGAAAUCGAAUGCUACCCUAGAGGCGACCCACUGCCACUCAUAAAAUGGUCGAAGCAUCAAGAUAAAUUCGGCCCAGGAACAAGUCAAAGGGACAACACGUUAAUCAUAACGAACGCUCAAGAAAGCGACCGCGGUUACUACUUGUGCGAAGGAAAUGUUGAUGGCAAACCAGUCGUUAGCAACUACGCUUAUGUAGAUAUUGAAAAACGUGAAAAAGCUCAAGUUGAAAUCUACCCGCAAGCUGAAAAUUCUGCAACACUCGGUAGUGAAUUCCAACUGUACUGCUACGUCACUGGUGGCAACCCACCUCCGGUUGUCACUUGGGAUAGAGCUGGCGGAAGAGCGCUAUCACCCCAAGCACAGAUCCUACAAAACAACGUGUUGAGAUUCGGAAAUGUAGAAGUCAAUGAUGAAGGGGAAUACACUUGCACAGCCACAAAUGAAGCUGGCUCCGUCAGCGCUAGUGCGAUCCUUAAAGUAAGAUCUCCUCCGGUCAUCAGAAUUAUACCGGAUACCUACGUCAAGGGUUACCGGGGCGACAGUAUUAACGUUGAAUGUCGUGCCGAUGGAUAUCCUGAGCCUGAAGUUUCAAUCAAAUCGAACUCGGACAUGCGUGUCUUAGUGCCACCUACACCAAGAAUCGCCUCUUUAGCCAUACCAAGUUUGAGUGACAGUGACGAUGGAAUAUACCUGUGUACAGCGUCGUCUGCUGCUGGCACUAUUUCAGAGCAAUUCGCCAUCCGCGUCGAAAGAGGAGAUAUAAGCGAAGAACAAACACCUGAUUACAGCAAUACACCGACCCUCCUAAGAGCCAUUGAACGCAAAGAAACGCGCAUUGGUUGCAAUGCAUCGGAUGAGUUUUACGUAGUCUGGGGUCGUGCUGACCGUAAACCAUUGCAGCCCAACGCAAGACAAGUCGGAAAUGAGCUAGUUAUCUAUAACACUUCAAAGAGUGAUUCCGGUAAAUACGAAUGCACUCUAAUCAAUCGCCGCACAGAAGAAGUCCAGCAAUCGGCGUACACUAGCCUGCAAGUCAUAGCUCCCCCGAAAAUCACUUUGAGACCACCGACGCAGACCGUACACCCUGGACAGUCCCCAACAGUAGAGUGUCUAGUUGAAGGAGAUGACAUUACUCAGAUCUUCUGGAGACCUUACAAUUACACAUCACCUUCCAGCCGCGCUGAAUACAGAGGUCCUACUUUGAUAUUCCGACAAAUAGAAGUAGAAGACGCAGGGCAAUAUGAAUGCAUUGCAUUGAAUAGUAUAGCGAACGCAAGUGGAAUCGCUGAGGUUAUAGUUAGCGAAGAUACCGAUCGGGCAACAUCGGAGUCGCACGAUAAUGAGCAGUAUGCACACCUCGGCGCUGCUGUACACCUGAGCUGCAAUGUCUCGCAGCCCAACGUUCACAUCCGCUGGACCAAGAAUGGCAGGCCGGUGCCGAGGACCGUCAGCCAGAAGAACGACGGCUCGCUUUUCAUUCGACUCGCCCAGAAAUCCGACAGCGGUCACUAUGUCUGUCUCAUUAGAGACGUUUACGGGAGACAAACCACCAAUUACAUCAAUCUUCACAUCGAGGGUAUUGAAUGCUCGGAUAAGCAGUUUCAUUGCUAUGAUGACAGCGGUUGUAUAGAUGAGGACCUUUUGUGCGACGGAUUCAACGAUUGUUUGGACUCUAGUGAUGAAAACAAUUGCAUACAGAGAAAGAAGCGCCUUUCUAAGACGUUUCUGGAUCCCAAUAGAAUCCCAACUGGGCCCCGUGAUAGCGCGGAAUCCUUGGUCGCAAUAGAUCAACCUCGGAGAUCAUAUAGAGCUGGUGAGAGGAUAGAAAUUCUGUGCAGAGGAAAAUCUAGAGACGUUUCAGUAAAAUGGGAAAGAUAUGGAACAAACCAAUAUGUCGAAUCUAGAACGUACGGCGACGGAGCACUUCUACAUAUACCUGAAGUUCAAGAACUGGACGCGGGUGUAUACAGAUGUACCGGUGAAGACCGCUACGGACGGGUAUCAUACGACGAUUUCAACCUUGAAGUUUUGCCAGGUCAAACUAAACCAAUGUAUCCAACUAAUGAAAGAGACACAACUUUCACGGUUCAUCUCGGUGAUAUUGUAGACUUGCCUUGCAAUCAUAAUCUGGAAGAGCCAGUAUCUUACGAAUGGAAACGAGAAUACUCCCAACUUCCAUCUGAUGUUAGACAAAACGAUCGCAACCUCCACCUGAAUGGAGUAACAGAAGCUGACGCAGGCACCUAUGUAUGCCGAGUGACCAACAAUCGAGCGCGAGUAGAGACGCGUGCGACUCUACGUGUGAUCGGGCUUGUACCUAAGUUUAACGGCGAUGGAUGGGUUGCUCUGCCAACUUUGAAGGACGCAUACUUGCACUUUGACAUCGAAAUUUCAUUCAAGCCUUCCGAUCAAAACGGAGUCAUACUAUACAACGCUCAAAACAAUAACGGAACAGGCGACUACAUGAUCCUUCAACUCAUUGAGGGUGUUCCAGAGCUCACUCUCAAGUUUGACACAGCCACGCCUCUGACUGUGACUGGAGAUCGACCUCUUCAGCUUAACGUUUGGCACACAAUACGCUUGAGCAGGAGCGGUUCUAAAGUGACAAUGGAUGUGGACAACACCGGACCGUUCGUAGCUGAAUUCAAUCCAUAUGCAGUUUUAGACUUGAACGCACCACUGUACAUCGGUGGCGCACCAGAUCAACGCCCCCCUGAACUUGCACAGUCUACUGGUUUCGUUGGCUGCGUAAGCAUGUUGAUACUUGGCAAAGAAGAAAAAGUAAUAAUGGACAACAAAAACAUGGCGCAUAAUGUAUUCGACUGCGAUUCCUGCAAUCCCAAUCAAUGUCUCAACGGUGGUGUCUGUCAGGAGGCCCGUAACGAGCGAGGAUACACUUGUCUAUGUGCAACGGGCUUUGCGGGACUUAACUGUGAUCGCACGGGAGAAGCCUGCCGUCCGGGGCUCUGUGGACCCGGGAAAUGCACUGACACGCUUGAUGGAUAUAAGUGCGCCUGUCCCGUCACUUUCACGGGCAAGAACUGCGACGUAAAACAGAACAUAGACUACCCAGCUUUCACGGGCAGCGCGUAUCUGGCGAUCAAACCACCGAACACCUCCCGGUUCCUGCGUAUGUCCAUGAAGAUUAAAGCGAAGGCACCUAUCACUGAUGGUAUCAUAAUGUAUUGCGCCCAGUCACCGCGUGGUUAUGGAGGUUUCACAUCCUUGGCGGUACGCGACGGCCGCUUGGAGUUCCGUUAUGACGUUGGAGAUGGUAACGUUCCGAUUAUACUUAGCAGCAACUGGACCCUUCAGCCCAAUGAAUGGACCGACGUGCGUAUUGCCCGAGUUGGACACGAAGUUUCUCUGAGGAUUGACAUGAUCCACAACUACGAAGCCACAUUGGCUUCGGCAAAGGAUCUCAACUUGGAAACUCCAAUGUUUGUAGGAGGAGUCGAUGACUCGAUCAUUCUCAACAAUAACACAGGUGUUAUUGGAGGCUUCAGUGGAUGUAUUAAAGAUGUUACACUACAUGGCGACCAGUUGGAUCUUAUCAAUGAUUCAAUUCAAUCCGCAAACGUACAAGAGUGUGUUAACAUUAUCCGUGGGGACAUACCGGAGCAGAUGGAAAGCAUUUGUUCUCAAUGCCGCAACGGUGGGUACUGCCAGAACUCCGACUCGACGUCUUGCACGUGUCAGCCGGGUUUCAGCGGAGUGUACUGUGAGCGACGAGCGCCUGCGAACCCUCGCCCACAAGACGACCCCUGCGCUACACAGCCUUGUCAAAACGGGGGCACAUGCAGACCUGACCGAUCUACAAACCUGAGAUACAGCUGUGACUGCCCGCUUGGUUACAGCGGCAAUAACUGUGUGCAACCAUUGGAACUACUACAGAGUGUUGCGUUUAACGGUAAUGGCUACUUGUCCCUGCCCGCCGAUUACCUCCAAUACGACCAGCUGAGCAUAGAGCCAGUACUGAUUGCACUCGCGUUCAACACCAAAGACGAUGGUGUACUUUUGUACCAGAACGAAGAGAAACUGACGUAUGGCGGCGACUACAUCUUAGUGCGAGUGAACAAUAGCGUGGUGGUUGUCGAUUGGGACUUGGGUGGUGGAAGGAACAGUCUCUCAAUACCUGUCCUCGUUACUGAUGAAGAGCGUCACCAGAUAAUCGUUAAGUUAUAUGAAAAUGGGCUCGUCGAGUUGACAGUAGAUAAAGACACUCGAGCGGCAGCUAGCAACGGAAUUUCCAAUGUUAUGAACGCUGACUCCAAAAUCUAUUUAGGUGGUAUCCCAGACCAUCUGAACACUGAGUAUAACUACCCAGGUUUUAGAGGUUGUAUAGAACAAGUUGAAUUCAGCGGUGGACGCAGCGUCAAUCUCGGAGACGCUGCUGUUGGAGGCAGAAACACAGAGCGAUGCAAAAAGUUGCUAUGGGGGUUCUAACUCAACUAAGCAAAACGAGACAUCUACAUGACUUAAGAUAAUAAUCUGCUUUAUCCAGUCUACUACUACAAAGUCCUUAUUGCGAAGGAAUAUAUACUGUAAUCUCUCUACGUUAUU